AUGUCGACUUGUUCAAUAGACGUCGAAAGACAGAACCUAAAAGUGAUUAAUAGUGUUCCAGCUAUACAGAUUUCAGUAGAAGAUACUACUGAAUUACCAUUUCCCGACAUGGGAUUUUACGCCAAGUUUCCAUUCAAUAUAGAGUGUCAAUUUCAUGAUGGAAUCGAUGAAAUGAACGAAAUAAUAGAUAAUAGUUGUAACAAUUCUUUAACACAUCCACAACUAUUACGGGAUGAUCCUUACCCUGGAUAUUUUGGAUAUUUUGUAAAUAAUAAGAAUUUAAAGUUUACAAAGAUUACAAAGAUUGGCAAUCAAUUUAUUGAAAUAAAAUUAUUCGCUAAUUCUUAUAACGAUUUUAUUGAAUUUUACCUUGUUGAUUCUG